UCUAUCUGUGUGUCUGUGUGUUUGUCUGUCUGUGUGUUUGUCUCUGUGUGUCUGUUUGUUUGUUUGUCUGUCUGUGUAUCUGUGUGUCUAUGUGUCUGUUUGUCUGUCUGUUUGUCUGUCUGUCUGUCUACAUGUCUGUCUGGGUCUCUUCUAAUUUUCUUUCUUUAAGUAACGUGUCUCUUCAUCUGCAUGUAUUUCGCAUGUCUGAAUUAUUUUCUUCAGGCAAUAAUGGUGAGGCUUACUUCCAGCUUGUUAGCAGUCUUCAAGGUCUCUUCACACCCGAAGAUAUGAACAACAGCCAAGUUUCACCCAAAAUGCGUUUCCGUUCCUACUCAGUCGGCAGCAGCUCCCACAAACCAUGCAGUCCACAAUUAUCACGACACCAGGAAAGGAUCAAGGACAAAGCGCCGCCUCCAUUGCCACUCAAGCAGUCGAAAAGUACGAGCAGCGUUUCUGUGAGUCAUCGUCAGGAAACGGAACCGAUUCCCGUCCGUUCUCCACGUCAAGCGUACGUUCAGUUAGAUCUCUCCGAUCCAAGUCGAAUCAUCGUUUCUGACUUGACGACGAUUGAAACUCCGGGGUUUCUUUCACCGACAAAACGAGACGACUACAUCGCGUUUGAUCCUAGAAACCCAUUGCAACUGUUAGGAUCAGUGGAAGAGCACAGUGAAGACAAUCCACCAGCAAUUGUUGGGCCCACACAAAGGCCUCCACUUUUUUCUAACGAUACAUUCUACUCGACAUUUUCUACUAUGGAUGACUCUUCGUAUGACCCCGAUAUGUCCAUUUCACCGCUCGAAUUCGAAGGAACAGAAUCAAUAUAUGAAAUCCCAAUAGAACAGCUACUGAGGAAGAAACAGUUGGAACAACAAGCAGAGCAACAGAAGAAACUUGAGGCGAACUCUGAUGCUCCUCCGUUGCCAGAACGAUCGUCUACGCGGAUAGAGAGAUUCAGAAUGGAGUCUCUGGCCAUCCCUCAUAGUAGAUCUCAGUCGCCGCCGCCUUUACCGAAGCACAGACAUCCGUCUUGGGUCAGUCGAAUCUAUAACGUAGCGGCCACGAGCAUCCAGACGUCUCCAGCUCCCGUGUCACAAUGCACACUUGAGCCUGUAAAGUUUACAACGUUGAGUCGUAAGGGCAGUAAUAUUUACAAGAACAUGGACAAGUCGGCACCUGUGUUUGCAACCCUGAAAGGGCAUGCAGCUCAGCUUCGUGGAACACCAUUCACUGGAGAGUCCACAGACUCCUCAGAUCAUGAAACUGACCAACCUCUCUUCUCUCCACCUCCCGUAUCAGAUCGCAUCUCAUCAGGCGACUAUGAAGUCCCACCAGAUGCACACGAACUAAACAAAGCCGCCGCCACUGUCAGACUCCCAGACCAGCAAGGACAGCCUCAGUUAUCAGAAGAAUUGCUUCGAACUCACAGUCUAAGUCGAGAUGAACUUGAAAAGAGUGGAUAUCUCACAAAACUCGGCACCAAAGUAAAGAACUGGAAACGUUACUGGUUUGUGUUGAGUGCCAACAAGCUGACGUAUUACCGAACACCGAGUGAAGUGGGAAGGAAGAAGCCUCGUGGUGUCAUAGAACUCAAUAGUUUCUGUCGUCUUUCACAGUCAGAGGGUGCACACACAUUCCAGAUUGCCACCGAUAAACGGACUUAUUAUCUUACUGCCGAGACUGCAUCAACACUGCAGCAAUGGUUAAAAGUUCUUCAGAAUGUGUUACAGAAGAGUGUGACGCGCCCUCGAGCUGUUGACAAGUCGCCAGACAAAGUUCUAGUUAAAGGAUGGCUGACAAAGGUGAAACGUGGUCGAGCAAAGAAGUGUUGGUGUCUUCUAACAGCAACUGUUCUUUCCUACUACAAGAAACAGUCUGAUAAAUCUCCUAUUGGUCAGAUUGACUUGAAAGGUUGUACAGUGUUGGAUGCAGAUGAAAUUCAGGACUCUGGUUCGGACACUGAAGACAACAUGUCUGUCUCAAGCAAACAGACGCCGAGUGAUUUUGCAAUUCAGGUGGAGAGUAAUGUGGCAGGGACAAUGUAUUUCAUUAUGUCAAGUAGACAGGAGAAGGAUAUCUGGCUCUACCAUUUGUCUGUUGCUUCUGGUUUGUCACAAACACGAACAGGAACCGAGACGGAGAAACUGAUUGCUAGUUUGAUGCGAGUUGAUGGCAGUCCAGAAAGUAGAUUUUGGAAUCACUCGAUUCUCUGCCAUUCGAAAGAUGCUAUCACUAAACCAUUAACGAGUUUACCAUAUCCAAGCUUAGAGGUUGAAGCAGUCCAAAUGUUUAAGUCAAUCCAGCUGUUCACUACAAUCUCCAUCAAUUUUUCUGCUAUUGAGUAUCACAUCAACCUUGCACAAGCAGCCAUCAGUGGUUGUGUUGCUAAGCAGGAGCUUCAGAGUGAACUCUAUUGUCAGUUGAUCAGACAGACUAACCAGCAUCCAGAGCCAGACAGUAGCGAGGCAAUACAGUGUUGGAUGUUGCUUGCUUUGUGCUGUCCUAUCUUCCUGCCUCAACAGAAGUAUCUCUGGUACUUCAAGCAUUAUCUUCAGAGACAUGCCAGCAUGAGACCCAUUGCUGUUCGAUAUGCCGUGUAUUGCCAACGAUGCGUUGAAAGGGCGGAGGUGAAUGGUCCACGAGAAAGCAGACCAUCACGAAUGGAGGUUUUGUCUGUGUUGUUGGGUGAUGCUGUCAAACAUGCUAGUCCUCUUAGUAUUCCUGUCCAUUUGCCAAGUCAACGAUAUCAAGUUGUGAGCUUUGAUGGUUCAACACUGGUCAAGGAGCUGAAUGGCAGACUUAGUCAGGAACUGGGAAUGAGAGAUCCGUUGGUCACUGGAUUUGCCCUGUUGACUGACGAUCCCCUCAUGCCUGAUGUCGAGCAUUGUUUGGAACCAGAUGUAAAGGUUUGUGAUGCUAUUUCUCUUUGGGAGCUGACAGCUCGUGAUGGCAACCAAGGAAAAGUCGAUCCAUCGAAAACAAUCAAGAUCAUGUUCAAGAACAGGCUUUACUUCAAGAAUAUGGUGAGAGGAGAGACCGAGAGAGAACGGUUAUUGAUAUUAUACCAGGCGUUGGAAACAAUAAUUAAUGGUCACUUUCCUAUCAACAAAGAUCUUGCUAUUGAGCUUGGUGCACUAAUGUUACAAAUUGAGUUUGGUGAUCAUCAUCCUGUAGGUGGUAGUAUAGGUAUAGCCCAAGAGAUUUAUGUACGAGUGGAGCAUGCACUGGCCAAGUUCUUACCAUCGAAGAUGAUCAAAGAUUUGACAUUUGAAGAGAGACGGCAAAUAUCCUCUCAGCUAACUGAGAAAUGGGCUGCACUGAGGGGUCGUCAACCUGCUGACUGUGCUAGAGUCUAUCUUAAUGUCUGUCGUCGUUGGCCCUUUUUUGGAGCAAGACUCUUCCCUUGCAAGCGGAAAUCAGACUAUGUCCAGGUAUGGUUGGCUGUACAAGAGGACUCGAUUAGCACACUUGAUCUAUCAACCUUGCGUCUAGUGCAUCGUUAUCCCUACGAGUCGGUAGUCACAUUCGGCGGUCACAAGGACGACUUCAUGGUCGUCGUCAAGCAGAGCUCAGCUCUCGCAUUCAGUCCUCACCAGUUGCAACUCGGUACAGAGAAACUCCUAUUUGCAAUGAGACCGGGACUGGUAACAGAAGUCACCAAUCUCAUUGCCAGCUACAUCAAUGCGAUUAAAGUCCGGCAGAGCUUUGGGUACGCGCCAGAGCCAGCGUCGCAGACGGCAUCAAGCACGGAAGCAUUGCCGCGACACCAAGCAGUGCCAAAACAACACGCCACUAACGCUCAUCAAUUCGCGUCUGCUUACGAACUAGGAUGGAACCAUCCGAGCGAAUCGGACUCACUCGGUAUGCGUCGAUGGGAGAGGAAAGUCGAGCUCAAUGUAGCUUUACCUUCAUCACAAGUCAACGGGCAAGUACCAGAUGCCACCAGCGGCGUUAAUUAACUCUAAGAGACACGAGAUGCAUAUGCAUGAUACCGUACUGUGAUACCGUACUGUAAGCUUCGUGUCACAUGUGAGUGGCAGAUUGCUAGUUACGGUGUAGUAACUUGUUGUAUAGAAUAUUUAUGACAGACUGGCA